AUGUGGACAGGACUUUUAUUUUGGUCUGGCGUUAUGACAUCAUAGGACUGCACCGCUCUCCUCUGGCUGAACAAAGGUUUGAGGUUUUUGUAAACAAUUGGUGAAACAACUGAGAUUCACGUGACAUUGUUAUCAAGAUGGCAUUUAUUAAAGAGGAGACUGAAGACAUGAGAAUUUCAGAACCAUUCAGAGUGAAACAUGAAGAUACUGAGGAGCAAGAAGAUAUUUUUGAUGAAAUCCAAGAGCUUUCUGAACGACCCAUAAGCAGCAACAUCAUUGCAACAUUCAAGGCCCAGAAAAGGUAGUAAAGACAUUGUUAAAAUAGUCCAUGUAAAUACAGUGCUUCAACCUUAAUAUUAUGAAGUGACUCGAAUACUUCUUGUGCACAAAUAACAAACAAAAAUAACGACUUUAUUCAUUUUUGAAGGUACUCGAGGAUCAGAGUUGGGAAGCCCUGAUCUAAAUGAUCAUAAAAUAACUGUUACAGACCUGAUGCCACUUAAAGAGGAGAGUCCAGAACUGAAUGAAAUGGAGGAGAAACAACAGUGUGAGAAACAUGAUUCCAUAACAGAAGAAAAACUUUGCUUGCAGAGUGAAAACUCUUCCUCACAAAAAAGUGGUGAGGAGGCAAGAAGAUCUAAAAGAUCUUUCACCUGUCAACAGUGUGGAAACUCGUUCACUACAGCAAGAAACCUUAAAAUCCACAUGAAAGUUCAUACUGGAGAGAAGCCUUUCACAUGUGAUCAGUGUGGAAAGAGUUACACAAAAAAAAAGACAUUAAACGAUCACAUGAGGAUUCACACUGGAGAAAGACCUUUCAAAUGUGAUCAGUGUGGAAAGAGUUACAUACGUAAAGACUCCCUUAAUUUCCACAUGAGGAUUCACUCAGGAGAGAACCGUUUUAUAUGUCUUCAGUGUGGAAAGCGUUUUACACGUAAAGACUCCCUUAAAUUACACAUGAGAAUUCACACAGGAGAGAACUGUUUUAUAUGUCUUCAGUGUGGAAAGCAUUUCACACGUAAAGACACCCUCAAUGUACACAAGAGAAUUCACACAGGAGAGAACUGUUUUAUAUGUCAUCAGUGUGGACAGAGUUUCACGUCUUUGAAACGCCUUAACAAGCACAGGAUAAUUCACUCCGAAGAGAAACCCUUCAAAUGUGACCAAUGUGAAAAGGUGUUCAAAAUGAAAAAGCACCUGAAGAGACACAUGACGAGUCACACUGUGGAGAAGCAUUUUAAGUGCCAUCAGUGUGGAGUCUGUGAACAGGUGUUCAAAAUAAAGAGGGACCUAAAGAGACACAUGACAAGUCACACUGCGGAGAAGCUUUUUAAGUGCCAUCAGUGUGGGAAGUGUUUAAAACAUGAAGAAUCGCUAAAUUAUCACAUGAGACUUCACACAGGAGAGAGGCCUUUCAGCUGCCCUCAGUGUGGAAAGAGUUUCGUACAUAAAUCAUACCUUACUACUCACAUGAGAGUUCACACAAGAGAGAAUAAUUUUAAAUGUACUCAAUGUGGAAAGAGUUUUACAAAGAAGAAACAUCUUAGAAUGCAUGAACAUGCUCACCCCAAAGAGAAGCAUUUCCCCUGUCCUGAGUGUGGAAAGAGUUUCACACCUAAAGGAAACCUCAAAAAACACAUGAGAAUUCACACUGGAGAGAGACCUUACACCUGGGAAGAUUUUCUUACAUAAAGUUGUCACAUGAAAAUCCACAAAAGAGUGAACAAUUUAAAACCCGGGACCCUUCAAGCUGACGGUCGGCCAUCGGGUAAUGUCGGGCUGUUUUUGAGAGUCAGUCGGCUUAGUUUUUUCUGUAAGUUCUGCACCGUUGCCUCUCAUCAGAUGCUUUUGGCUUUUUUUUUCCUGCUGAGAGAUCACUCUGAUUGGCUCUUCAGUUUAUCAAAUCAUGACAAGAAGUAAAUGGAACUGAUGAUAGCAAACGUCAGAGUAAAGAGGAAACGCACUACAGACAGUUGUCAUUCUUGUCAUUUCAUCUCAUUUGAACAGUGGAUUAUGGAAGGAAUAAUAGACAAUGGGCCGUUGAAUUAUUAGUAAAUAAUGCACACCCGAGGUGGUAAUACGGCUGUUAUGCGAAGCAGCAUUAUAUUAUAAUAAUUCAACAGCCUGGAGUCAAUUAUUCUGCUUAUACUAUGGUUACCACACCUCAAGACACUGUUCGGAUGUUUGUCAGGUUUUUGUCCUUAAAACACUCUUGUCUGUGGGACUAAUUUCUUGCUCAUCUCAUCCUAAGCCUCCGUUGCAAAUUCCAAAACGUCAUUUCAGAGCUAGUAACGGAGGCUUGAGCCACUGAUAGCAGAUUAAUGCAGUUAUAGAGCGAGAGAGUUAUCAAGUGUGUUACCUGAGUCUGUGUGUCUCUCAACAGUGUUCGGCAGCAGAAUCUCUGCUAAUAGCGAAACUGUAAGUUUAUCUACCCUCAAGAACUGCACCGUUAUUACCUCGCUGGUGAGAAAUGUCAUGUGUGCAUAUGUCAUGCAUAAUAAAAUGUAUUUUGUGGCAAAAA